AUGGAGUUGCCAAAUGACACGCCUACACCUAGCAUCCACCCAGAGGUCACUGAGAAGAGCUCUAUCCUCGUUGAUUUCAGUGCUCCUGACGAUAAGCUCAAUCCCCACAACUGGUCCAACUUGAAGAAGUUCUAUACUUUCACCAUUGUUAGCUUCGCAACUAUGGUUGUUUCAAUGACAAGCAGUAUCUUCUCAACGGCGAUCCCCAUACUAUCAAACAUAUAUGGAAUCUCCAGGGAGGUUGUGACGCUCGGGGUGUCGCUAUAUAUCCUCGGAUUCGCAACUGGCCCUCUCAUUUGGGCGCCUUUCUCCGAGUUGAAGGGCCGCCGAAUACCCUUUACCCUGAGCAUGUUCGGUUUCAGCGUGUUCUGUUUCGCCACGGCCGUAGCGAAAGAUCUGCAGAGUAUUUUCAUCUGCCGCUUCUUUGCCGGAUUUUUCGGCGCUUGUUCGUUGACGCUUUCCGGUGCCGUUUGUAGCGACAUGCUCAGUCCCAAGACCUACACGGUUGGCAUGGUUGGUUUCUGUGUAGCAGUCUUCAUGGGACCUCUAAUAGCUCCCGUUAUCGGUGGGUUUACUGUCAUGAAUGAGCAUCUCGGCUGGCGAUGGACGCACUAUAUCGCAGGAAUCCUUGGGGCGAUAUCAUUCGCGUCGAUGCUUUUCUUCCUCGACGAAUCCUACGCGCCUGUAAUACUGACCACCAAAGCAAACCGCCUCCGCCAUGAAACGCAGAACUGGGCCAUCCAUGCAAAGCACGAAGAGCUCGAGAUGCAUCUCUCUGCAAUCUUCCAUAACUUCCUCAUGACACCACUCAAAAUGCUAGCCCUGGACCCCAUAAUCCUGUGCAUGUGCAUUUUCGGCUCUUUCGUUUACGGCUUGCUUUAUCUCUUCCUCACCGCGUACCCGAUAGUCUUCCAGCAGACCUACGGCAUGAACCCAGGCGUAGGCGGCCUCCCAUUCCUAGCCGUUAUCGUCGGCCAACACAUAGCCGGUCUUGCAAUGUACCUCCAGCAGCCGUCUCUAGGCCGCAAAAUCGAAGCCAAUAACGGACAAUUAGUACCGGAGUGGCUACUCCUGCCAGCGAUACCGGGAUCCGCAGCGUUCUCUGCCGGUCUCUUCUGGCUCGGCUGGUCCGGAUACCGCCGCGAUAUCCAUUGGAUCGUCCCUACCCUCUCCGGUUUACUCACAGGGUUCGGCCUGAUAACCAUGUUUCUCCCGUCUAUUCAGUACGUCGUGCAGUCGAGACGGAACAGGGCCGCCUCGGCCAUUGCGGCACAUACUUUCCUUCGCUCGCUGGCCGGGUCGGGGUUUCCUCUCUUUGCAACGUAUAUGUUCAACGCCCUCGGCGUGGAAUGGGCAUUGACGCUCCUAGGAUGCGUUGCGGCAUGUCUAGUUCCCAUCCCUGUUGUUCUCUACGUGUACGGCGCCAGGAUUAGAGCGAGGAGCAGGAUGGUGCUUUGA